UGUGGUCGAGCAAUUGAAAAAGCUCUUUGUAGAGAGUGUGGUGCUGAAAUUGGCGGUCAAAGACAUCAUAUCCUAGCGGGAAACACUAAGGAUAUGGGAACUGACAGAACAGAAACAGGUCAUAUACUUGGUCAGGCUGCUACAAUAGGUCGCGAUCCUAAACCGGAAAGGCUCAUGACCCCAACUAGUUGUGCAAUUGUGAGAUGUUUACUACACAUUGCUAUGUACUUGGGAACUAAGGAAAAUUCACAGGGGGUGCAAAAUCUAAUAAAACCAGAUAUAGAAGAAGAUGAAGUUGAACAUUAUUUGUGGCGACAUAUAAAAAUUGAUAUUGAUACGCUUUGCAAGGCUCUGAAUCGAAGUACUGAUGAUGUUCUACUGUUUAUACAUCUUGUUAUUGAUAACAUUUUCAAUGCACACCAGGAAGACGAUGAAGUAACAUAUGAAGUUUUGCAGUUAUUAACAAAAGAAGGACGUUUAAAAUGGGAAAAACUAUUCUGUUCCAGAUUACUUCAAGGUGUACUGAAGGUUCUUGAUGAAGCAUUGAAAUCAAAUAGUCAGUUGAUAGCAAAAGACAAAAGAUUAGGAGCUGACCCUCUUCUAUGUUUGUUGUACGAAACGGACACCCAAACAGAGAACGAACAUACAGCAGAAUUACAUAACAUGCCUCGUGUCUGGAGAUACAGAACUACAAUUUCACUUCAACAAUUAAGACAGGAAGUAGAUGCCAGCUGUCCCAAUAAACAUAAAGUUCUGAAAUUGUUUCUGGAGGAGGAGCACCGUCUGAGGGCUAUAAGAUAUAUACCAAGUAUCCUUCAUCUCCAUCGUAUGUUAUUGAGCAAAUACUAUAAAAAGAUUGACAAGACUGAGGCUUCGAAUAUCACAUUUAGGAUGCUUGCUCAAGAACAAGUUGCAGGAAUAGAAACAGAAGCACUGCUUCAAGACUUUAAACAUGCUUGGGAUUUGGUCAGAAACAGUCUUCAGAUGUAUUUGUGCCCAACUGAACUUGGAGGCAUGAGGGUGCCAAAAGAAUUUUGCAAUAUGCGGAUUAGUGAAAAAACUCCUUUAUCUAUGUUGCUACCUACAGAGAAAGAAAUGGGACUUUGUUCUUAUGCAUUGUUGGAUUUUCUGUUGAGAAGUCAAAAUGCUUUCCUUGACAAGUACAUAAAACAAGCAAACAGAAAUUCAUCAUUGAUAUCUAAAGUUUUACCUAAAGAUGUGACAUCGGCCCAUCUGAUAUGUUUUGAUCCACAACGUGAUUUGCUACCACUACUUUUGGCUAAUUGUCAUUACUCAUUUGAGCUUGGAAAAGGAACAAAAAUUGAGUAUAAUUUGACUGGCCUUGAAAGGCAACUGAUGGACAGAUUCCUUUUCUCAAAGUCCAUUAUAGAUGUGGGACGCUAUUUGAUGAUUGACACUAUGGUAUACAGAACAGAGAUAACCGAUGCUGUAGUCUUUAAAAGGCUGGAAGACAAAAUUCCUCAGGUGACGUUAGAUUCUACGGUAAGGACACAAAUAUGUAAUGAUAUAAGACAUUUACCGGAGUUAUGGCAAUCCCUAACAAACAUUGACAUUGCCAUUAGCUUUCUCAAAACAACAGGCGGACACCCAGAGCAAAAUUUACAUGCUUAUAUGACAGAAACGCUUCAGAUGGAGUCUUCUAUUCCAAGUCGUAAAGCACAACAGAUAUGUGAGUUCCAGCACAUAAAAUCCCUAUGGUUAUUGUUGUCUCUACAAAAAGCAAAGAAAAUGUCAGACUCUGACAAGGGUAGCAUGUCUAUAUUUGAGAGUGUCCCACCAGAAUUUCAUGAAGAUAUUUCUGAAGAAUUGCUCACACCCUUCACCAACUACACACAGUCGCUUUCUAUAGAAAGGCUUACAGAACUUGUAGAAGCUCUUCACGAGUUUAUUCUGCUAGUGGUAGCUGUGAAACAGAAUAUGGACGAUAGUGAGUCCAUGUAUACAACUGAAAACAAGAUAAGUGAAUGGUUGUUUGGAUAUAUGGACAGUCUGGAUAAUCCAUGCAUUGAUUUAGAAGUACUUGGAGGUUUUCCGGGUGAAUUGUUGUUCAAACACAGCGUCAAGUUAUGGAUGGUUACUUACAGUCAGUUAAAGAUAAAGGUGACACGGAGUGCUGAACGGUUUUAAGAAGUAGAACAGUCAUUUCAAUAAGGAAAGAAUUUAUUAUGAAACUGAUGUAUUUUUAGGUGAACAGUGUUAUGGGAGUGACUGUUUUAAACAUAGUGUAAAUGAAGUUGCCAUGAUGAUAGAACUUAUUCAUAAAAACUUGUUAAAGCAUUUGUUUGGCGUUUAUCUCACAAAAAUUGUGUGUUAAAGCUAUUAACCUUUGUUUACUUAUAUCAUUAUAGUUGAAUGCCAUAUUCCAACUUUUUUCAUUUUGUGUGUUUUUUUGUUAGUAUCAUUAUUGUUUCGGCUACACUAAAAGUGUGUGAUGUUGUUGUAUUUAAAGUGUACU